CAGGGCUCUGCCUGAUUCCAUCCACCUUGCUCCGUACCCCACCCCACCCUGGCCAGCAGCUGCUGCCUUAUAACCCACACCCCUCGGCUACUCGUGGCCUCUUGACUUUUCCAACCCUUCCAACCGCUUCCUCGGCUGCACACAUCGUCGCACCAAACUCCACCUUCUCUCACCCUCUCCAUCACCACCACUAGCCCCACAAUGUCCUCCGAGCCUACCAUCGUCGGCGCCCCCGCUGCCGCUAACGGCGCUUCGACCCCCUCGUUCCCCGCCCGCUCCGCUGGCACCGCCGCGGCCGGCACGCCCAACUUUGGCGUCAAGUCGGGCCUCGCCUCGAUGCUCAAGGGCGGUGUCAUCAUGGACGUCAUGAACGUCGAGCAGGCCAAGAUUGCCGAGGAGGCCGGCGCCUGCGCCGUCAUGGCUCUUGAGCGUAUCCCCGCCAACAUCCGUCGCGACGGUGGUGUCGCCCGCAUGUCCGACCCCGGCAUGAUCAAGGAGAUCAUCAACGCCGUCUCGAUCCCCGUCAUGGCCAAGUGCCGUAUCGGCCACACUGUCGAGGCCCAGAUCCUCCAGGCCGUCGGCGUCGACUACAUUGACGAGUCCGAGGUCCUCACCAUGGCCGACGACCAGCACCACAUCGGCAAGCACGCCUUCAAGGUCCCCUUCGUCUGUGGCUGCAAGAACCUCGGCGAGGCUCUCCGCCGUAUCUCCGAGGGUGCUGCUAUGAUCCGCACCAAGGGUGAGGCCGGCACCGGCGACGUCGUCGAGGCCGUCAAGCACCAGCGCGCCGUCAUGGCCGACAUCCGCCGCGCCGCCGCCAUGUCGGACGACGAGCUCUACGCCUUCGCCAAGGAGAUCCAGGCUCCCUACCACCUCCUCAAGGAGACUGCCCGCCUCAAGCGUCUCCCCGUCGUCUCGUUCGCCGCCGGUGGUGUCGCCACCCCCGCUGACGCUGCUCUCAUGAUGCAGCUCGGCUGCGACGGUGUCUUCGUCGGCUCGGGUAUCUUCCUCUCGGGCGACCCCGCCAAGCGUGCCCGCGCCAUCGUCCAGGCCGUCACCCACUACAACAACCCCCAGGUUCUUGCCGAGAUCUCGGAGAACCUCGGCGAGGCCAUGGUCGGUAUCUCGGUCAAGGACGAGGUCAAGACCGGCAAGGAGACUGCCUACUCGCAGCGCGGCAACUAAGGGGCAGUAGUAGUGGGGCCUCGUCUCCCGCGUCUCGUUCCUCGGUUUCUCGCAUUUCCUCUCAUUUCACCACACACACACUAAAACUACCGCCCGGUCACACACUCUUUGCCGCCUCAACGCGGGCCGGCCGGCGCCGCGGGCGCGCAUACUGUAUCAGAAGGAUAGGAUGCACGUUGUUGAAGAGCA